AUGGAUUUGGCACAAUAUCAAUUAAUUUGGACACGUUUUUUAGACUCCGGUAAUCCUGAUCUUGUAGAGAUUGCACGAUUGUCCAUUUGAAGAUGCUCAACUAUGCUACUUCAAAAUGACAUACCUCCACUAACCAAAAUGUACUUCAAAAGUUUAAGUGAUUUUACCUCAGAAAAAUGCCCUUACACGAAUAGCAAAAUAUCUGAAUUGAAGCACUUGCUGGAAAAACUUUUUUCAUUCGGAAAUUCUGUUUGCCAAAUCCCAAUUAAUCAGCAACCUAACUUAGUAAUGAGACCAUCAGAACAAAUUUAUGAAGAAGUCAAGCCUAUGAAUCGCCAAAUCUAUGAGGAGGAUAAAACGCCUUCCUCAGAGAAGUAUUUAAAGGUCAUUUUUCCAGAAUAUCAUAGGUCAAAGCCUCAAAAAUUUAAAAUUGAAGAUAGCAGCAUCCUAUUAACAGUUGGGCUCAGCCAGCCAGGACAGUUUCACCACGUAAACGUUCCGAAUGUAGAAAACGUAAUUUCAGUGUAUUACGAAGCAAACAGCAGCUUUUUCAAAGCAUGAGAAACGCCAACAGAAAAUCCGGAAGGCUUAUACCAAAUAAAAAACGAUAUUGUAUCAGUUGGCGAAGUCUAUGUUUUUGGAAAAGCUGAAAUAUCUAUUAAACAAAUAAUUCAUCCGGGCCCAGACCUGGAAAUUUGUGUAAAGUAUAAUAACGAAAACGAAGAAGUACGAUAUUUUAGGAUAUCAAACAGCGUUACAAUUGGCAGUGGACCUAGGAAUUCAAUUGUGAUUCCAGGUGAAAAUGACAAUGAAUGCUACGCAGAAUUCGAAAAAAUACAGAAUAAUUGGAAAAUUAAGGCAAGAAACCAAGCAGACUUCAUUUGGAAACAAAUGCAUGUGGAAUCUACAGUAGAAUUACAUUCACAAUCUCCAAAAAUCUCAAUCGAUCUUGGAUCUCUGAUGAAGAUCGGGCAUAUGUGCUUUAAAAUUAUGAUCAGUGAGUAA